CUAUCCCACUGCUAAUAAAGUAAUAAUGAACAUUGGUGCACGGUGAACACAUUGAGGGAAGCCGAAGGGGUGGAAAAUAGAUGAUUGUUGCAUUAAUUUGAGGAGAGCGGCUGCAUUGCUCAUUUGCAUACCCGCCCGGCGCGGCUGCCAUCUUUGUUAUGAGGGGGCGGGCGGUGGCGGCGGACAGACGGCGGCGGCUGCUGCAAUAGGGCAGAAGGCGGGCUCGUUGGGGGUGGGGAGGGUGGUGGAAAUCGGCGGAUGAUUCGACGUCUGAACCCCUCGCGGAGAUGCAUUUUUCCUGAAGUUUGCACAGUUCAGCUUUUUUCAACGUGGGCAAAUUUCUCCUCAGGGGAAGAUGACAACAAAUGAACUCGUGCAGCUGUGGCUGCACUUGAAUUGCCGUGCUGCUGCAUUGUUGUAGCUGCAAUCAUGUUUAGAAUCCAGAGAAUUCCAGAUCGUCUCCCCCCACGUAUGCCUGUGAACAGGAGGGACCAAAGUGAAACACUGAAUGGUCUGCUUGAAAUAAACCAAAAGGCAUUCUGAGAUGGAUACCAGUGAAGAGCUUCCAAGAAAAGUUUUCAAGGCCAGAAAAACCAUGCGCGCAAGUGACCGACAACAGCUAGAAGCUAUCUAUAAAAGCAGAGAGGAGCUUUUAAAAGCAAAUGAAGAAACCAAAACUAAACUCUGUAAUGGUAGACACGAGAAUGGUGAUUCUGACAGCAAAACGUCAUUAAGUACCGGCUGCAUGGAUGAUAUGGACAUUGACAGCAUUAAUGAUGUGAGGCUGGGUCCAGAAGAACUACAGGGAAAUUCCAUUGAUGAACUUGGUGUCGCACAAACACCUGAACUAAGUCUUGCUGAAAAAUGUCUUGAUGAUGAUAAGGACUUAAGCCCACAAGAUGAAAAAAUGGACUCAAUGCCCCCAGUUGCUGAAGAUGAACAGAUAUCUACUGAGAAUGCAGGAAACCAAGUUUUGAUGGAUGGUGAGAGCAAAGGAGAUGAUGCUGUGGAAUCAGAGUUGGUGUUGAAAGAGGAUUCUUUAAUUGCAGAUAAAUCAUGUACUGAUCCCCAGAGCCUUUCAGAUGAUGGGAAACCACCUUCUGUAGAUGAAAACAGGGGUCAUGAUGUACCAGAUGAAAGUAGCCUUAAGUUACAGUCUUCUUCUUCCUCUGUGAGAGAAAAGGAAGACCAUGAAAGUUCAGUGGAUAUUAGUGAAGAGGCAAUAACGAGUAGCGUAGAAUCUGUGCAGGAGAAAAAUGAUUGUGAAAGCUCUAAGGUGGAGUGUGCAGAGACUGAAAGUGCAACAAAAGAUGCAUUAAGUGAGAAUAGAUCACUUGGGAGUGGCCAACUGGAAAUUGAAGAAAUAAUUCCUAUUUUGGAAAAAUUGGCUCCAGAGAAAGAUAGUGAAUUAGCCAGCAAGCAAGAAAUUGUUCCUGGAGUGGAAUCCCCAGCGCCAAAGGACAAUCCAUUGCAGGAAGAACAAAUGGACACUUCUCUCAAUAGUUCUCCCACAAAAGAGGAAUGUAAUGGUAACUUGCCUGAAGAGGCAUUUCUCGUCUUAUCUGAUGAGGAUGAGCCAGUAAUUGAGAAGCAAACAGAAAGUGAAGAGCUGGUACCAAAAAAUGAUAGUUCAGAUGCAGAUCACAAAGAGCAAGCAGCUGACACAAGACAAAAGCAAGAACCAAAUGAAGUAGUGCCACGAAAAAGGUCCAAGUCUGAAGACAUGGAAAGUAGUAUAUCGAAGCGAUGUCGGUUUUCUGGAGAUGAAUAUGAAGCAGCCUUAAAAGUGAAGAUCACUGCCAGAGGCGAGAUCCGUCAGACGUUGGAGAAGAUCGUUCAGCAGAUUAUUGAAGAGCGGAUUAGCGCCUUGCAAAGUGGUGUCUUCGACAAGAAGCUGGCAGAGCUGAAAAACAGAGUAGAAAAGAUAGAAUGCAACACAAGGCAUGAAUCCUUAAUCAGUGGCUUGCAGGCAAAGCUAAUGCAGAUAGAGAAAAGGCUGGGGUCAGCAAAUCAAGCUCGCAAUGAUUCCAUCUUGAAAAAGGCACAAGAGAAUAUUUCUGUCUCGAUACCUCAGCAAUCAUCUGGAGUUCAGACUACGCAACCUAACUCUCCCAGCAAAUCCGUCAACCCCCCUGUUGGUGCUUCUGGCAAUGUGCAGUGUCGUAGUGGAACAGUAAGGCAGAUGCUGGACUUGAGAAGAAAUAUGGCAGAUAGUGCAACAUCAGGCCAGCAUUCUGCAAACUCCAGUAAUACAGGUAUUGUCACAAACUUCACACCUCCUCAGGUAGCUGGUGGACAGACUAAACCUCAGAAUACAGGGUCAUCUGGUGCUGUGGUCACCCCUGUGCUCCCAGCAACUGCAGCAGUGGUAGGAACCAAUCAGUCACUGCCAGCCUCUGGCAGUAAUCAGCCUAUGCCAGUAUCUCUACAGUCAGUGCCAGUAUUACUUACCGUUCCAGUGGCAAUGUCUUCCCAACCUCAGCUCCUGCAGGCCUCGGCAAACACGUUGAUGACCAACCAGCAACCUGGACUUGAGUUUUUACCUGUUCAAUCCCAACCUACGCUUAACAACCUCUCGAAGCCACUUGCAUCACAAAUGCCAGCGAAUGUAGCAAAAGCAAAUGGUGCUAGUACUUCUUUGCCAAGCCCAGGAGUCCAGAGGAAGUCCCCUGCAACUAUGGGAUCAAUGCAGAUCAGUAAUGCUAUUUCCAAUCAGACUGCUUCUGUGACUAGUACACAGACUGUUCUUUCACCCCAGAUUUCCCGGACGUCUCAGCAAUCUUUGAAUUCCCCAGGACAUUUUAGUCCUUCAAAUACUACUAGGCCUGCAAUACAGCCAAGGCCUUCACAGACUUACAGCCAAGGACAAGUUUCUGGGUCAUCAGGUCAGCCUUUAACGGCUAGUUCAGACACCACCAAUACAGGAGCCUCCAGAACAGAAAGUAGCCUCAGUCAGGCCACCCAGAGACAUCCUACAGCGGUUCCAGCAGAGUCAACAGCCACUAAGAAAACAUCUCCUAGUGGCAACCAGAGUGGAAAGACAGGAGGAAGUGACGUGGGAGCUGUCAUUGACCUGACGGGUGAUGAUGAAGAUGAAAUGUCUACACAAGGUGCCAGGAAACACAAUCAGCCUAUUAACCAAGGAACGAACCAGCUUCUGCUACCCUCGCCUAAUGUCCAAACCCAGGUUCGACCUCCGGCAGCUCCCCAGGGAAUCUCUCCACAGCAGACCUCCACACAGCCCCACUUACCAGCAGGCCAGAACAGCGCAAGUACGAUCGGGUUAGCUGUACAGACUGCCAGUGUGCACAGUGUGUCUGCAGGUAGAGUAUUAACAGGGCAAUCAAAUCCUAGCAUUCUGCAGCAUCAACGUCCUCAAAUGCCACCACCCUCAUCACAGGCACCUGUGAGACCGCCACCUCCCACUCUCCAAAGAGGAAGCAGCAACCCAGCGGUUUACACAACGUCCCCUGCGUACCAAAGUCAUAGUGCAGUGCGUGCUGUAACGACACAGAGCCAGGCAAUGCGCCAGCCCAGUCCUCAGCCACCUGUUAGUGUAGGAGUGUCAGUCCGGCUGCCUCAAACCUCGUACAUUGUCAACAAUGUGAUCUCCAUCCCAAUGAUGCCGAAUAUGCCUCAGUUCACAGUACAUCACCGGCCUUCACAGCAGGAGCUGCCACGACCCGUCCACCCCGCUCCGCUCCCUGAAGCCCAAGCACCACAGCGGCUACCUCCAGAGGCCGCCAACACCUCUCCGCCCCAGAAGCCCCACCUGAAGCUGGCCCGUGUCCAGAGCCAAAACGGGAUUGUCUUGUCUUGGAGUGUUUUGGAAGUGGACCGCUCUUGUGCCCUCGUGGACAGUUAUCACCUCUAUGCUUACCAUGAAGACCCUGCAACCACGACGCCAUCUCAGUGGAAGAAGAUUGGAGAAGUGAAGGCACUGCCCCUUCCCAUGGCCUGCACUCUCACUCAGUUUGUGUCUGGAAGCAAGUACUACUUUGCAGUCCGAGCAAAGGACAUUUACGGCCGAUAUGGACCUUUCUGUGACCCACAGUCGACUGAUGUGAUGUCGACACAGGGUAAUUAACACAUCAAAAAUCAACAAAAAGAAUCCCGAUAUUUUUUCAUUUCUUUUCUUACAUCAUGCAUGACGUGUUGUAGUUUUUCUAUAGAUGUCUCUGACUCGAUUAGUACCUGUGUACACUACACUGUAUAUAUACAAGAGGGUCAUGGUAUAAACUAGGCAGCACAAUGAAUACAGGAUAUUGCACCAAGAUGUGCUGCAUACUCCCUCAAAGUUGCAUUUCUUUUCACUGCAGACUCUAUUUGACUGGAGAUGUUUGACUCAUUAAUGAGGCAGCACGUAGAGUGGGAUAUUCUGCUCAUUCUAUGGUUCUCGAUGGGUCAACAUUUAAAGAGAAACAUUCCUAAAUGUGACUAAUGAUGCGGACUGUUGAUGAUUCAUACAUGUAUAACUUUUUGUGUUUUUUUUAUUUUUAUAGUUGUUUUCACUGCAGCUUCAGCUGUCCCUUUGGAAAGCAGUGAAAAUUGAUCAGCAGUGAUCACAGGAUAAUUGGAUUUAUUGCAUUGUCUGAAAUACUCCUGAAAUAAAUGCAACUUGCAAUAGACUGCAUACUUGAUUUGCAGAGGCAUAGUGACUGAUUGUUUGAGCCUCAUCAAAGAAGUCAGACCCACCCCCAUUAUUUUUUUCCAGUAUGAUCAUUGAAACAGUGUAAGAUUUUUAAACUAAGUUGCUUUACUGUGUUUUGAUGGGAAGGGAUUUGGAGUGGUAAGGUGGCGAAUAAAAGCAGAUUCUAUGGUUUUUGCCAAAUGCCUGUGUUAGAAGUGUUAUCAGAGCAAUCUGUUAGUUCAGAAGAUACAGAUGAGAUUCUCAAAUAUAUUUUUAAUCAGUGUGAAAGAAGUACUUAUGUGUUCACUGGAUAGUGAGUCUUUGAGAGAACCUUUUUUCAUCAGUACCACUUUUCUGGUCUAAUGAAUUUUUUUAAAAGAUAUAAAUAUAUAUAUAUAUAUAUAUAUGUAAAUCUCAAACCCGCUCUCCCAUUAGAGCCACUAUGUUGUAUAUAUUCUUCCUUGCAAACGUCAGAUCUUUCCUUCCUAACUUGACUAAUUCAGCAAGCACAAAGUUUAGAAGUCCUGCCGUCCUGCAGGAGAGUUUCCAUGCUCUUUGGAGGGCCAGAGGCAAAUCAUACCCGGUGCUUGUGUCUGAGGGAUCUUCAAAUUCUUCCCGGGUUCCUUUCUUCCCACUUAUUGGUUACUCACUGCAGCAGCUUUGGGGAGUUCCCUGCCUUGGUUGACUCCAUACCUGGUUUUGUUUCCCUGCCUGUACCAGGUGCCCAGUAUUGUUCGCAUAAAGUACUGUGACAUGGAAGACAGAACUGCUAAAGACUUGUCAGGCCAACUCCAUUAGUGAAAGUAUGAUCUGUGUUGUUUGGUGAUAUUGGUAUGAUGCAAGCAUGCUGCUUGAUUCCUGGGACAUGCAAGGAAUCAACCAAGCAAUUCUCAACACAGUACCCAACAAAGUUGCUGUGCUCCUGCACUGAAAAGUGAGGAAUUGUUGUGAAUCAUUAAUAAAGUGAAAUAUUUUGUAUUCAUUUCAUUGCAGCAAGAUCCUUUGAAGAUGGAUUAUGGUUGGUAAUUUGAGCUGCAUCACAUGCCCACCCCUAUAGGAGGCAGUGCCCGGCUGGCAGUCUCACCUGAUAAUUGCCACUGUUCUGUAUUUGGAAAUGAUGUACUCUAAUCAGUGUCUUUUUUACGAUGCCUUUGGAUGUGAGCAGAACCUAGCAUGCACCCCUGAGAGAAUUUGGAAUACCAUAGUUCAACUAAAAAUCUUCAACAUGGCAAACUGUCAAUCAGCUGUUGUGACACUGACCUUGUACAGAAAUAAGUGAUAUUAUGCACAAAUGCCAGGGAACAGCAAAAAUCGAGGCCCCUCAUCUACACUCCAGAGUGCUUCAGUGCCUGUUGAGUGACGCAGGGCCACAUUGAAUAACGAUGGAGAAAAAUAUUCCCCAUAUUUGGAGGUGUCCAGAGCAAGAGAUGGUUUGCCACGUGCUGAGCAGGAAUGAUUGGUGGGCAAGGGGUUGUGGUAGGUGGAGAAAAGUCUUCCAGCAGUUGGGGGGAAUGGCGGGGGCUUACAAUCCACUGUAAUGUAAAGCAUUUGCUGGGAAAGAGCACUGCUUGGUGCCAGGGGAAUGGAUCCCCCUUGCAGGUGAAGUCUGAGUUGGCGAAAGAAUACUAGUGGAGCUUGGGCAGUAGAUGCCACUUGAUGGAUAUUCCUUUGCGGGUCUUGGGAAGGGAUUAAACAAUUUCAAUACCAGUAAAGUGUGCCUCACUGUGUCAUUUUCAUUGGAGCAAAUUAUAACUUAUUGCAUUGUUUACUCAGUUAUGCAGCCUUCUAGCCAAAGGGUACAAAAGUAAAAUUAUGAAAAGUAUAUUUGUAAUAAAUACUGAGAGAAAUCUCUUUCCCAGGGAGGGAUCAAACACUGAAAUGCUGGAACAGGUUGAAUGUAAUUGUAUUGCCUUUUGUUUCGUUACUAUUCUUUCGUUUACAAGUAGUAUACCGUCAAUUGCAAGACCGUGAUAAUUGUAUUUCAGAAAUAUGGCAUUGUGCUGUGUUGCCCUGCAUACGACUUUUCAGUGAAAUUUUGUUCACAAAAAUCUGAAGUUUAUAGUAUGAAAAUAAAGAUCCUAGCAAUUUCAUCUUCUCUCUUGCGUAUAACUAAAAUGAAACUUCCAAUUUAGUCUUCUGCAGCCCAAUUCCUUGUAUAUCUCUAAUUCCUGCCCUCAGUUCCUAAUGAAUACAGAACAGACUGGUUCUGUAUUCAUUACACCAAUACCUUUUAGUUAAAUAUGUUGAACCCAAGUUGCACAUGCUGGUUGUAUGAAAGUCUGCCUCCUGCUGUGGUUCACUUGUCAGCACUGAUGAUUGACAAACCUAGGAGUCUUGUCAUUGUACUUCUCCACGAUGUUAACAUGAUCUCAAUAAAGCAGCCACAGAGGUACUGAGAUUAGCCUUUGUAUUCACAGAGAAAUAUCAGGAGGUGGAGGAGGGAAAUUGAGAAGACAUCCCAUGACUCCCCCCCCCGGGUUUUGGGUGUGUGUAUGCUUGUGCGUGCACACACAUCCAUGUAGGAGUGUGCAUGUGGUCUGGGUGUGUUGCAUUGGGGGUGAUUUCACUGAACCCAUGUAGAGAACGACUGCUUCACGAAGUAUCACAGCGGGGUGACACCCUUGAAUCUUCCAUGCAUUUGGAAAGGAAUGGAGCAAAAUUUGAAAUCUUCUAGAGUUCAAAGUUUUUUGUGUAGUUGUGUUUUGUCUCUGAGUUGAUUUUUGUUGCCUGAUUUGGAUAUUAUGAAUACAAAAUGUAGUGUUUCCCCAAUUAAACUGCUGAAGUUGCAACUUCCCAAGCAAUACUCCAUUGCACCUUGCAUGCUAAAUACAGAAUGGGUAUUAGCAUGCUUUAUGAGCUAAUUGUACAUUAAAAUCCCAGAAUAAUCCAAUCCCAGUCAGUAUAUGCACAAAUUUUCCAAGGUCCUUUUGACUUUGGAAUCCCUGAAAUUAACAUUUAAUCUGUCCCUAAUAAUAGAACUAUGGUGGGGGAAUAGUACCAGCACUUUCAAAGUUCUUCUGUUGAUGGCUGAAUUUGAUUCUUAUGCUGUCAAGGAAGAUGUACAUUGUAGGUUAGAGUUACAGUGCUGUACUAUGUCUUGCCCCCCCCCCCCCCCCCAUGAAUAAACCAAGGGACAAUUGAACCGCCAUUGAUUUAAUGCACCAAAUUUCUCUGACUGAGAGAUAGCUGUAAGAUUUGUAAUCUUAGGUACUAAAGUUUUGGGAAGGGAGAGUGUUGAAUGGCAUUAGCCUGACACAUGUAAUAAUUCCUUUUGAACAUUACUAGACUAUAAUAUCGAAUGUAUUAACAAGUAUUUAAUUGAUCUGUCUCCCUAUUACAUAAUUGUGUGUGCCAAACCCAACAAUUGCAGCAAAAAUUUUAAGGACAACGUACUUCAAAGCCAGAGGAACAAGGCUGCUGUCUUGACAAGUCAAACAAUGGAAGAUGGCUGUAUUCUAGACUUCACUUACCACCCUGCUAGAAUCAAUAGUAGAAAUAUUUUUGACCUCUCUGAAUCUGCAGACUGCCUCUCCAGAUGUCAUUGACUUAGCUCCAGUGGCCAGCUUACCACAUUAACCGAAGAAGGAAUUUGAGAGACGUCCCACCUUCACUCAUAGGUUCUCUCGUUUAUCAGUGUGGCUGAACCAUGGCUCCUCACUUAAUGUUACACUUUUCAUUGCUGUGGUAUGGACAUGUCACCAAGUGCACCUCUCAUUUCCCAACUCAGAAAAUGUUUGGCUCCCAAGUGCUGAUGUGGCAAGGAUGGAGUAUACAAAAGGGUUGAAAAUGUUUUGUUAAUUAAGAAUAUUGUAAAAUAAGUGGUCUGUACUUUUCUUAUUCGACUUUAUAAUCAGCAUUGGAAAUUGCUGAAUCUUUUUGCAAAUGUUCUGUGAAGUGUAUUUAAAAUGCAAACGAUAAUAAAAUACUCCAAGGGUUAA